UUUUCAACAAACGUAAAUAUCAUUUAUACGGUUAUUUUGUUUUUACCAUUCUGCUCCAUAGAAACCACAACAAACGUAUUCUUCUUCAUUCUUUGUUAUUCUGCAACGCUUCAAGAAUUAAAUAUCAGAAAAUGGAAAUAGGAAAUAAGGUUUACCUAAAUAACAUUGACCAGAUAGAUGAAAAAUCGCAUAUCAAGGUUCGGGUGCUUAAAAUUUGGAACUUUGUCAGAAAUAAUAAAGUUUGUUCCAUUGAAAUGAUCAUCAUGGAUGAGGAGGGUACACAAUACCAAGCUCGUGUCUUCAAUCAGAAUUUCUCCAGAUUUCGUCAUCUUUUAAAGGAAGAUGAAAGUUAUAUAGUUAUAAAACCCAAUAUGGCUGCUGUUACUAAUGGUUUUAGUUAUACAGGUCUUGGUGAAGCUAAAAGUCAUUUUGAAGUAACAAAAUUGUUCAUAAAUUCUGACAUUUAUGAAAUAAAUAAGUUUAAAAAUAAGUUGAAAUGUCAUGACAAUUUCGGUAUAACUGAAAAAAGCAUAACUACACUUCAAAGCUACUCUUCUUCAUAUACAGAUGACUUUAAGGGCAAUUUUCCAUUAAAACAAUCUGUGAGAUCACCGAACCAAUUAAGGUAUAUAAUUCCAAUUAACGUACAAGAUUGUACUGGAACCAUUGGAUUGACUCUUUUUGAUAGGGAAGCAAGGAGGUUGUUAAAUAUAAGUGCCUACGAGUUGAAAAAGAUACAUGAUGCGGCCGGAGACAGUGAUGCCCUAUUUCCAAUGCAACUUAACGUGUUGAAAAACCGCAAGUUUGGUUUUGUUGUAGAUAUUACAGAAUACAAUGUCAACAACUAUAAUAACAUCUACACAGUUCUCAGAGUUACAGAAGAUAUGUCCAUUGUUUGUGAAUUGGAAAGUAAAAUAGAACUUAUGAGUAUUCAAUCUGUCUCCUUAAAUCAAGUUGCUUUGGAAUCCGAUGAUGUUGUACAGCCUGUUCAAAAGGAUGUGAUCUCACAAACAGACGAAAGUUUUACACCCUCAACAGUUGAUAAGUCAACCGCAACAAGUCCUUGCAAAAUAUCAGGUGAUUUGAAGCGCAACCUCCAAGAAAUUUAUGAUGUUGAUUCUGGAUAUGAUUUAAGUUCAACUAAGGCUAAAAGAAAGUCAACCGCAGAGGAAACUCCACUCUUGAUUCCAAAAAUUGAAAAGUGA